AUGGAAAUCCCCAGGCUGCUCCCGGCUCGCGGGACACCACAGGGCGGCGGCGGCGGCGGCGGUGGCGGCGGCGGCACCGGCGGCGUUGGCUGUUGCCAGGCGGGAGGUGGUAGAGUACACCGGGGCCCGGGCACUGUAGCUUGUCAGGCCCCCACGCGCCGCCUCCUACUGCUCCGGGGGGCCCAAGAUGGCGGGCCCGGGCUGCGGAGCGAGGAGGCCCAGAGGGCCUCACAGGGCCCGGCCACGGGCCCGAGCCCUAGUCCGAGCCCGCUGGCGCCAAGACCGGAUCACCCUAGUGGCGGCGGGGGCGGCGGCGGUGGCGACGGCAGCGAUGACUUCUUCUUCUUGCUGCUCGACCCGGUGGGUGGCGAUGUGGAAAUGGUGGGCACAGAUCAGGCCGGAGGGCCCCUGUGGAGGGAGGAGGCCGAGGUAGGGCUGGGCCCUGAGCGUGGUGAGCGAGGCGCGAACCCCGCAGACCGCCCUGCCCCGGGCCCCUGCUGUGUGUCCGAGGCCACGGCCCCACUCCCGGGCCCGACCCCGGCUCCCGUGGCGUCCUUCGCGGGCACCGUCACAAUCCACAACCAGGACCUGCUCCUGCGCUUGGAGAAUGGCGUCCUUACCCUGACCACGCCCCCGCUGCCCACCUGGGAGCCUGGGGUCGCGCCUGUCCUGCAGGCCGGGGAUUUAGCCGCCCCGCUAGCCGGGUUUCCGCCCGCCGCGCAGCUGGGAGACUGCCCGGAGCUGCCUCCCGACCUCCUGCUGGCUGAGCCGGCGGAGCCCGCGCCAGCGCCUGAGGAGGAGGCCGAGGCCGGGGCUGCCGCCCAGAGUCCCUGCGGGCCGCUGGUUCCGGGCCCGGGCUUGGUGUUGUACCUGUGCCCGGAGGCGCAGUGCGGCCAGACCUUUGCCAAGAAGCACCUGCUGAAGGUGCACCUGCUGACGCACAGCAGCAGCCAGGGCCAGCGGCCCUUCAAGUGCCCCCUGAGCGGCUGCGGCUGGACCUUCACCACGUCCUAUAAGCUCAAGAGGCACCUGCAGUCGCACGACAAGCUGCGGCCAUUUGGCUGUCCGGUGGAGGGCUGUGGCAAGAGCUUCACCACUGUGUACAACCUCAAGGCGCACAUGAAGGGCCAUGAGCAGGAGAACUCCUUCAAAUGCGAGGUGUGCGAGGAGAGCUUCCCCACGCAGGCCAAGCUCAGCACCCACCAGCGCAGCCACUUCGAACCCGAGAGGCCCUACCAGUGCGCGUUUUCGGGCUGCAAGAAGACGUUUAUUACAGUGAGUGCCCUCUUCUCCCAUAACCGCGCCCAUUUCAGGGAACAGGAACUCUUCUCCUGCUCUUUACCCUUCCUCUGUGACUUCGAUGGCUGCGGCUGGAACUUCACCAGCAUGUCCAAACUGUUAAGGCACAAAAGGAAGCACGAGGACGACCGGAGGUUCACGUGCCCUGUGGAAGGCUGCGGGAAGUCCUUCACGAGGGCUGAGCAUCUGAAAGGACACAGCAUAACCCACCUGGGCACAAAGCCUUUUGUGUGUCCCGUGGAAGGCUGCUGCGCCCGGUUCUCGGCUCGGAGUAGCCUCUACAUUCACUCCAAGAAGCACCUGCAGGAUGUGGACACCUGGAAAAGCCGUUGCCCAGUCUCUGCCUGCAAUAAACUCUUCACCUCCAAGCACAGCAUGAAGACCCACAUGGCCAAGAGGCACAACCUCAGCCAGGAUCUCCUAGUGCAGCUGGAAGCUGCGAAUUCUCUGACACCCAGCAGCCAGCUCACCAGCCAGAGACAGAGUGAUCUCAGUGGUGCAGAGGUAAUGUCUCUGUUCUCCGAGGUGCCUGGCGGGAGCUCUGCUGCGGUGCUGGACACGGCGCUGGUGAAUUCUGGCAUCCUGACUAUUGACGUGGCUUCUGUGAACUCGACUCUGGCAGGGAAUUUCCCUGCGGAGAAUAGUCACUCCUUGGGGCAAGCUGUGGACCCUCGGGCCUUGAGGGCCACCAGUGACCUCCCUCAGAGUCUGGAUACCUCUCUCUUCUUUGGAGCUACGGCUGCUUGCUAUCAGCAGAGCCCCUUGGAUAUGGAUGACUUGUCCAGUGCAAAUGUGGGACUCUUUGGCUCAUUGGCUCUGAAAAACUCAAGCCCAGAACCCCAAGCUUUGACUCCUAGCAGUAAGCUAACUGUGGACACCGAAGCCCUGACGCCCUCCAGCACCCUCUGUGAAAACAGUGUCUUGGAACUCCUGACCCCAGCCAAAGCAGACUGGAGUGUGCAUCCUGACCCUGACUUCUUUGGACAGGAGGAAGAAACCCAGUUUGGAUUUUCCAGUCCUGCUGGAAACCGUGGUUCCCAGAAAGAAUCAGACCUUAUCACGGUGACUGGAAGCUCAUUUUUGGUAUGAACCAACUCUAUUUGUCCCUUGCCUGUGGGGCUCACUUUUAGUACACUGAAGUUUGAGGAUAUUCUGGACCGAAUGCUUACAUGCGGUUAUUUCUUACUGGUUCACACAAGAACAUGUCUGUGGACUCUAGAGAUUUAGGUUCUGAUCUGGAGUCUGGAACUGACAAGUUCUGUGACCCUGAACAAGUCACUUAACCUAUCUGAGCCUUAAUUUUUUUUACUUACAAAAGGAGGUGGUUUAGAUAGAUAGCUUCUAAUCUCUUCAGCUCUUAAAUUUCUUGAUGUUAUGCUUUUUUUCCUUCAAAUUUUUGGGACCCACCCAGUGAUGACAUGUUUUUAAUUUGAAUAUACAUAAAAUCUAAGUUCUAUAUCAAUGAACUCAUAUACUCUGCACCAUAUUCGUUAAUUAAAAAUCCGUGAGCCAUCUUAUUUAAGUAAUUUUUAUGGUUUUCCUUUUUUGAAUAUUGUUUUGGAACAGAGACCAGGUAUCAUUUUAUAACCAUAAGUAUUCAGUGUGUAGCUUCAAAUAACGUCGGUCUUUUAAAAAUUAAUUUCACUAUCAUAAUUAAUAAUUUAUCAGUGAAAAUCCACUUAUGUUUUAAACUUUAUAUUGUGUAAUAAAUGAUACUUGAUUUAAUUUUUCUUAAUAUUUAGAAACUAACUCUGAAAUAUUUAUUCUGGAUGCUCCCUGUUACCCCCUUUUUUGAGUUUUUUUUUAUUCUUUGAAAAAAAUGUUUCUCGUGUGGCCGAUUAUGUCUUUGUCGUCACUUUAUUUUCUCAGUUUAGUAGUUAUAUUAAGUGACUUGAUCAGAUUGAAAAAUGAUUUUUGCAUGAGUAUUUCAUUGAUCAGCCUGCAUUCUUUUUUUCACUCAUAAUGUCUAAUCUUCUCUUUUGGUGGUACUAACAGCUUUUAUUUAUGAAUGCACUAGUUAUUGCCUUUGCUUCUGAUGUAUUGAAUUAUUCCCGUAGAAUUAUGAACAAUUAGGGGAGGAAGAAAUGCUGUUUAGGACACUUAAGAAAGUUUAAUAGAAAUAUUAUUCAGUGCCAGAAUAUUUUCUUAAAUGAUGUUGAAACUAACAAGAGAAAUAGCAAAGAAAAUUGUGUAUGAUGUCAUUGUUGAUCUUUCUCACCUCUUUUAAUGAUGGGAAGGAGGCCGUCAUGUAGAAUUGCCAUGGAGUACACCCAUGUGAAAGAGAAGCAGGGUCCAAUUUCUGCUCCGUGGUGCUGGGCAGGUUAUCAUAGGCAUCUUUGCGUCACUAGAUUAGCAUUUGCUCAUGACUAACAUUCCGUAGACAUUUUUUUCUCAUUCAGUUUUCAACAUGAAAGUAAAAAUUUUAAUUACUCUAUAUGAUCCUUUUUAAUUUUUAAUUCUUCCUGAUAUAAGGGAGAAAUAGGGAUAAUUUAAUCCUAUCCAUGUUCAUUCAAUAAGGUUUUGUGAAGUUUAGGGUGAAACAGGGAAAGGUCUCUUUGUUUCUUAUCCUGAGUAAUUUUCUACCCUAAAUUGUUUAAAAAACAAGGAGUGGAGACACUCCUCACAUGUUUAUCUGCGUACCUCUGCAUUUGAUCAGUCUGUCUGCAUCUUUGUUGUUUCUAACAUCAGACUUCUCUCUGUUACUGUGUAGCCUUUGAUUCUUUCAAAAUCUGGUAAUGGAGCAGAGGGUGGUCAUAUACAACCUCUGCUGUCAGAAGAGCUCAAUGUUUACAGUUUUCCAGAGUUGAAAGAAAGGAAAGAUUGAAUCUCAGUAUUGUGUAAACUCUGUUGUACAGAGAGUGUAGGAAUUUUAGUUUGUGGAAUGUUUUCAUAAUUAUGUCUUUUAUUUGUUCAGAGCAAUCCUUUGAAGUAAUUUUUACAUAGUAUCUGUGUGUUUCACAUAAUUUAGCUAACCCACAUUACAACUGGGUUUGGCUCUGGUUGACAGUUCUAUAUAUAGUUUCACAAAAAAGGAAGAAAACGUAUUUUCAUCUCUCCUGUCCCCAGCUUUCAAGAUUCAUUCCCACAUCAUAACUGAUGGCUUGUUCCAAUUUAAUUGGUUUCUUUUAGCUUCUGCUUCAUUCCGUUGCAUGUGCAUUCCAGUUCCUGUUUCCUCCUCUCUCUCUUCCUCUCUCUCCUCUUUCUUUUUGUAAUGGAUAAAUAACUUUCCUUUGGCUAUCCUUCCAGCACUCUCUUCUUGGCACAUUUUCUUCCAAUGCUAGCAUUUGCUGAAUGUAUAUUACAUUUGUCUGUGUACAGUAAAAAGCUAUUUUCUGAGGUUAGAUAAUACUGUCUGUAUAUAGGACUCAAAGCAUAAAGGAUAUUUUUUAUGCUGUUCAGAUGAGAAGUGGAUUUCUGUUUCAUUAUUUACAUUUAAAAUGUUUUUUUCCAGAGAGUUCUGCUACUACUUCCUUAGUUGUUCUAGUGUACUAGUCCAGUAGCAUUUGCAUGUAGAUGUCUAUGGAUGACAGACUUCAGAAAUGCACUAAAAAUUUGCCACUAUGUACUGUUUCUCUGUUGUGUGUAUGUUGGUAUUCAUAUAUACCCACAGAUACUCACACAUAUUUAAAAAAUUGUAUUCACUUAGUAAAAAUGAAAAAUACGAAUACUUUUAUAAAUCAGAGAAAUGCUUGGAAUUUUAUUUUGUGUUCCUAUUUGGCAGAUUUUCCUAUCUGUGUUUAAACUAUUUGUACUCCUAAAAUAUAUUUCAAAAGUGUUACUCAUUUGAGACAUCUUAAAUACACCACAAUUUUUUGUGUUUGGCAAAUAAGUCUGUCAAAGGUGAGAUGAAUACAUAAGUCAUGAAAAUAAAUUUUAAACAUGGAGAUCA